AUGUUCCACUUAGCAAUGGCUUGGAACGGCAACCCUGACCACUCGCUGUCUUACCCGGAACGACUGGCCAUGAUCAAAGAGAAGGCUGCCACGCUGGAGGAACCAGCUCGCUCCGCUUUUGCUUGGAUUCCAGAAGACACUUUAGUACACCGUGCAGACAUUAGCUACUGGAUCACGAAGCCCUGGAAUUCUCGCAAAGGUCGGCUAACGCUUGUAGGAGAUGCCGCUCAUGCUAUGCCACCAUACCGUGGACAAGGUCUGAACCAUUGUAUCUGUGAUAUCUCGAACCUCAUCGCUGGCAUCAAGCAAACGGUUGGCGGCGAGAGAACGCUCGAGCAAGCCGUCGACACCUACCAAGAAGAAUUGAUCAUCCGAGGCAGCGAAGAAGUGAAAUGCUCGCUUGAGAAUGGGAAGAUGUUGCAUGACUGGGAGAAGGUCAAGUCCAGCCCAGUAUUCACCAAUGGUUUCAGGCCUAUGAAAGGACACGACACGUACGGCAACACGGUGAAAACUGAGCAGCCGGCACAGAAGCCUUCAGCUGAGUUUUCCACCGUGGAUCAUCGUCUUGAAGAAAACGGCCACAAGGAUCGGGGCCAUGUGGAUAUACCAAAUGCCGCAGGAGAUGCAGAAGGCGCUUCUGAAAGCGCAGAGAUCCAGAUCAGACAUCAACAAGAAAGAGAGGCCGUGUCCGACAAUUCUGCGGGAGAUGUCGAGGCUGCGGAAGAGACGGCAGCAACUCAAAUCAAGCAUCAACAGGAAAGAGAGGCGGAAAUGCAUGAUUCUGCAUGUGGCGUCAAGGCCGUGGAGGACACGGCCGCCACUUAG